GUCCGCGCAGUAACAAAUGAAGUGCGCGCAGCGCCACCUCCCAGCUCGCCAGGCUCGGCCGCCAUUUCUUCGCCGGGCCUAACGGUCCGGCCAAUCCCAGCGUACAUCGAGGAGGGCUAAGGCUCCACCAAUCGCAGGCCGCCAAUUCCGACCCCCUUGCCUCGGCUCGGCCCAAUCCAGGCCUCGGACCUGUCGCCCCCGGCCCGCCCCCGCGGCGCCCUCUCUCCUCCCUCUUUGUGCGUCUCGCGCCGCCGCCGCCCGCCGCGUGAGAGAACGGGCUCGGCGCGCUCCGCGGCAGCGCAGUCGGGUCCCCUCCCCCCGGAAGGUUCGCGAAGAAGAAGCCGCCGCCGCCUAAAAGGAGCCGCCGGUGCCGGUCCCCGGGGGCGCCAUGGCGACCGGAGCGAACGCCACGCCGCUGGACUUCCCAAGUAAGAAGCGAAAGAGGAGCCGCUGGAACCAAGAUACCAUGGAACAGAAGACAGUGAUUCCAGGAAUGCCGACAGUCAUCCCGCCUGGACUUACUCGGGAGCAAGAAAGAGCUUAUAUAGUGCAACUGCAGAUAGAAGACCUGACUCGUAAACUGCGCACAGGAGACCUGGGCAUCCCCCCUAACCCUGAGGACAGGUCCCCUUCCCCUGAGCCCAUCUACAAUAGUGAGGGGAAGCGGCUUAACACCCGCGAGUUCCGCACCCGCAAAAAGCUUGAAGAGGAGCGACACAACCUCAUCACUGAGAUGGUUGCCCUCAACCCUGAUUUCAAGCCACCUGCAGAUUACAAACCUCCAGCAACACGAGUGAGCGAUAAAGUAAUGAUUCCACAAGAUGAAUAUCCAGAAAUCAACUUUGUGGGGCUGCUGAUUGGGCCCAGAGGGAAUACCUUGAAAAACAUAGAGAAGGAGUGUAAUGCCAAGAUCAUGAUCCGAGGGAAAGGGUCUGUCAAAGAAGGGAAAGUUGGCCGAAAGGAUGGCCAGAUGCUGCCUGGAGAAGAUGAGCCGCUUCAUGCCCUAGUUACUGCCAACACCAUGGAGAAUGUGAAGAAAGCUGUGGAGCAGAUAAGAAACAUCCUGAAGCAGGGUAUUGAGACCCCUGAGGACCAGAAUGAUCUACGGAAGAUGCAGCUUCGGGAGUUGGCUCGCUUGAAUGGGACCCUUCGGGAAGAUGAUAACAGAAUCUUAAGACCCUGGCAGAGCUCAGAGACACGCAGCAUUACCAACACCACAGUGUGUACCAAGUGUGGAGGGGCUGGACACAUUGCUUCGGAUUGCAAAUUCCAAAGGCCUGGUGACCCCCAGUCAGCUCAGGAUAAAGCACGGAUGGAUAAAGAAUAUCUGUCCCUCAUGGCCGAACUGGGCGAAGCGCCCGUGCCCGCAUCUGUGGGCUCCUCCUCUGGGCCUGCCACCACGCCCCUGGCCAGUGCACCUCGGCCUGCUGCUCCUGCCAACAACCCACCGCCUCCGUCUCUCAUGUCCACCACCCAGAGCCGCCCACCCUGGAUGAAUUCCGGUCCUUCAGAGAGUCGGCCCUACCAUGGCAUGCACGGAGGUGGUCCUGGUGGGCCUGGAGGUGGCCCCCACAGCUUCCCACACCCGUUACCCAGCCUGACAGGUGGGCACGGUGGACAUCCCAUGCAGCACAACCCUAACGGACCCCCACCCCCUUGGAUGCAGCCGCCUCCGCCACCGAUGAACCAGGGCCCCCACCCACCUGGGCAUCAUGGCCCUCCUCCAAUGGGUAAAUCAGUACCUGGGAAGUACGCCUGUGGGCUCUGGGGUCUAUCGCCUGCAUCAAGGAAAAGGUAUGAUGCCGCCUCCGCCUAUGGGCAUGAUGCCGCCGCCGCCGCCGCCUCCCAGUGGGCAGCCCCCGCCCCCUCCCUCUGGUCCUCUUCCCCCAUGGCAGCAGCAGCAGCAGCAGCCUCCGCCGCCCCCUCCGCCCAGCAGCAGUAUGGCUUCCAGUACCCCCUUGCCAUGGCAGCAAAAUACGACGACUACCACCACGAGCGCUGGCACAGGGUCCAUCCCGCCAUGGCAACAGCAGCAGGCGGCUGCCGCAGCUUCUCCAGGAGCCCCUCAGAUGCAAGGCAACCCCACUAUGGUGCCCCUGCCCCCCGGGGUCCAGCCGCCUCUGCCGCCCGGGGCCCCUCCCCCUCCGCCGCCUCCGCCGCCUGGUUCCGCCGGCAUGAUGAUCCCUCCCCGCAGCGGCGAUGGCCCGAGCCAUGAGAGUGAGGACUUUCCGCGCCCAUUGGUGACCCUUCCAGGCAGACAGCCUCAGCAGCGCCCCUGGUGGACAGGAUGGUUCGGCAAAGCAGCCUGAGUUAUUUUUGUGGAUGGAAUCGGAACACGCUGGCUCCAUAUCGUGAAAUUUUUAUUAAUUUUUUUCUUUUUCCUUUGUUGUUUCCUUAUCUCUUCCUUUCUUCAGACUCCGUCCAAGGAGAUGCUCUUCCCCGAUCUUCUGCUGCAAUUAGAUUCCUUUCCUUUUUCUCCAUUCCUUGUUCUUCUCUUCCCAAGGAGAGGAGGGAGCAAAUGGUUUUAGGCGCAAGCUUUGGCCAUUAAUGUCAGUCUGUUUGGGGGGGGGGGGAGAAGGUCCUUUGGUUCUAAGAUUUUUAAGGUUGCCACGACCACCCCAGAGUUGUUGGUUUUGUUUUUGUUUUUUGUUUUUUUGUAGUGUAACAUUUUGUCUUUGCCACCUUUAUAGGGUAGUGGGUUAAUUUCCAGGUCCGGGGCCGAAACCCAUCCUGGCACCCCUGCCGGUGAUCGCUGGGGCCG